AUGGCCAUCGUCCUGGGAAUUGGCCUGGGAGUGGUGGUGCUGAUCAUUGCAAGUCUACUUUUAACCGUCUUCAUCAACCGACGAGAUCGUCGGACCUUCCUGCAGUCCUCAAAGAACGCAGACGAGCGACUUCGGAGUCUAGAUGCGGUCUCGCCCACUCGAACCCUGGAGGAAUGGUGGACGAUCACAAAGGGGAGCCUCGGUCUCUCCGAAGCAGUGGAUGGUCAUUUCGUUUGGUGA